CGCUGUGGUGUUUUGACUUGUACCGAAAUAUAAAGCUUCUAAUCAAACUUUUAGUAUCUGCUAAAUCCCUGGUUUGGUGACUUGUUUGUGACGCAAUAGUAUCUUCGAUCUACACAAGUGGCAUCUAUGUCUUAUUGCUCAACAUUGGGCAUGCUUGAAAUUGGAGUAGUUGUUUCCAGCAUUCUAUUUGGGAUUUUGACCAUGCAAAUAUAUUUUUACCACAAGAAUUUUUCUGAAGACCCACCUUGGAUCAAACUUGGUUUGGUUAGUGGUAUAUGGUUUAUUGAGCUGACCCACACUGUCUGUAUUGCCCAUGAGGUCUACUUCUACUCUGUUCUUCACUUCGGAGAUACAAGCACUUUCAAUGGCUGGCCUGUCAGCUUUGCAAUAGCUGCCAUCUGCCAUGGAGUUGUGGCGGUACUAGUGCAGGGAUUCCUUACCUAUCGCAUAUCACGGUUUACCGGCCACCUAUACAUUAUCCUUAUCCUCAUCUCAUGCUACUCCGUCAUGAUGAUAGCUGAAUUAGUGUCUAACAUCGUGAUUGGAGUUGAAAUUGCCACCAUUGCUCGACAGAGUUUUAUUUCAUUUCGACAAAAGUGGCAAUGGCUGAUCCUCGCUGUCCUGAUUUUGAGGGCUGCGUUGGAUGUUCUAAUUUCCGGAACCCUGGUGUAUUAUUUGACUUAUCACCGGAAUAACGCAUACAAAAAUACAAUUGCAGUCAUUGACAAGCUAAUCUUAUGGACUAUAGAAACUGGUAUUGUUACGAGCGUGAUAACCUCAGUAUACAAUAUUUCCAGAAAAUUACGCCUGGUAUGCAAACGACAGUAGUGCCGAUGUCUCACGACGUUAUGUCUGAUAUCCAUAUAAACGGAGGCAUGCUGUUCACGUUGGAUACAGAGAAUGGAUCAAGAACCACGAAUGC